UGCCCUAGGGUUUUGCCUUCGUUCCCCCCUUACUUGGAGAGGUGAGACGGCGAGAUCUGAGGGAAGGUGAGCAGGGGUCGCUGCGUCAACGAUGGUGCACGUUUCUUUCUAUCGAAACUAUGGCAAGACCUUUAAGAAACCACGCCGUCCAUAUGAGAAGGAAAGGCUUGAUGCCGAGUUGAAACUUGUCGGGGAGUAUGGUCUUAGGUGCAAGCGAGAACUCUGGAGGGUACAGUAUGUCCUGAGCAGAAUCCGCAAUGCAGCGAGGCAAUUGCUUACUCUUGACGACAGGGAUCCUCGCCGUAUCUUUGAGGGUGAGGCUCUUCUUCGGAGGAUGCACAAGUACGGUCUUCUUGAUGAGGAACAGAACAAGCUCGAUUAUGUCCUUGCCCUGACUGUGGAAAACUUCUUGGAGCGCCGCCUGCAGACGCAGGUCUUUAAGUCAGGCAUGGCUAAAUCAAUCCACCAUGCCAGAGUUCUUAUCCGACAGCGUCAUAUUAGGGUUGGGAGGCAAGUUGUGAAUGUUCCCUCUUUCUUGGUGAAGCUUGAGUCAGCCAAGCACAUUGAUUUUGCACUAUCAAGCCCCUUUGGCGGAGGGAAACCUGGAAGAGUGAAGCGCAAGAGCGAGGCUGCAGCUAAGAAGAAGGCGGCAGGUGGUGAUGAUGGAGACGAGGAUGAGGAAUGAUCGAAUGUUUUUGGUUAUUUGGUUCUAAGGGUACUUCUGUUGCGUUUUGUUUUGGACUCUGAAUUUUCCUUGAUGUUUAGGUUCAGUAAAAUUAGUUUGCUGGGUCUGAAAGAGACUGUUUGUUUUCGAGUAACUUGCUUUAAUAUGGUUAAUUGGAUAUGUUUUAUCUUUAAAAUGCUUCAUUUGCUUAUUUGCGCUUAGCGCGCAGCUCAUUUGGAUAUC